AUGUGGGUACCUACGAUUUUCGUAGGUAUCUGGUGGGCGUAUGAGGUUCUCACUCUUAUCGUUUUAAAUAGAUUUGAUUACCUCACACGUGUUUUUAUGGCAAUUCCAUUCGGAAUCCUUUAUCAGAGUUUAUUUGCUUUUAUAUUACAACUUUGGAUACCAUGGGGAACAAAAUUGACGCUCGUAAUUGAUAUUUCACUAGGUGUAUUUGCUACUAUAUGCCAUUUUAUUUCAAGAAAACGUCAUCCUUCUUUAAUCAUUUCAAUUUCUUACAUAGAUGCUGCAUCUUUAGCUAUUUUCUUAUUAUGGAUUCUUAAAAGAAUGGAUUAUAUUAACUUGAAUGGCGAAGGUUUAUCAGGUGGAGCCUGUUAUUCAGACCAUUCAUUCCAAUUCAAUCUAAUAACAUCAUUUGCUGUUGGUAUUAACAGAAAAAGAAAGUCUUUAUUCGAUAUCGAGUUUCCAAUUUCAGUAGGAUCAAAGCUUGCUUAUCCUGUCCUUCCGAAUUUCUAUGUUGCCUUUUUGGCAGCCUCUUGCAACUGCAAUUUUCGAACAGCAUUCAGAGUGACUACCUUCCUUGUCGGAUUAUCAUGGAUUUAUUUACUUCAUCAAUUUGUAAAAUUAUUUACUCGAUCUUCUAUUGCAGCAGCAGUUGCGCUUCCAAUUUGGAUAUUUAGUGGAGGCCUUGGAUGGCUCGAAAUCUUCGAAAACGGCUUCUUUAAUUACUAUUCGAAUCCAAAUUACAUUCACAGAUGGACUAGAGUCAAAAAUGUCUUUUGGUUCCAAUCAAUAGCCCACAUAUUCAACCCUCAGCGCUCAGCAACCUUCGUUUUCCCACUUUGUGCAAUAGUAUAUAUUUGUUUAUGGGAAGGCACUAAAAAGUUCGAUUGGCGUUACUUCCUUGUAGCGGCAUUUGCUGUUGGCAUCACUCCUCAAACACAAGUACACGCAUAUGUUGCUUUGGCUUUGUUAUCUUUAUCAUUGGCCGUAACAACCUUUAAAUUUAAGUACUUUUUAAAGUUGGUCGGUUGUUGGACUCUCUAUGGCAUUGUUGCCAAUGUCAUUGCUUUCCCACUCUUGGCACCUUUUGCCAUUCGUACUGUUGAAAACAAAGAAUUCAUCAUUGUUAAUCCUGUCUGGAAAGAUCCGAAAUUUGGUCAAGGAGGGUUUUUCCAUAUCUUUUGGAACGCUUUAGGAUGUACCGGUGCUAUUUCCUUAAUAUUUGGUUUUGCUACUGCUGAUUUACAACAAAUCAGAUAUUAUUUAGCAACAUUUCCUAUUUUGUUAAUUUCUUCUUUCAUCAUGUUUCAGCCAUGGGAGUUAGAUAACACUAAACUCCUUCAUGACGGAUGGUUCCCAAUUGCAUGUGCUUUUACAGCGAAUUAUUACAUGAAAUUAUUAUUGAAAACGAAAAAUUUAAGUUUUGUUACUAUAAUUGUUACUAUUUAUAUAUCAAGUUUAUUAUCUGGUAUUCUUAGUUUGUAUACAACAGAGAGUUUCCUUGUUCCUUUCUACAGCCAUUACAAUAAAGAAGCUGGAGAUUGGGUAUCAGAAAAUACUCCUGUUCACGCAAUAUUUCAUUAUCAUAAACAUGUUUUGUGUCCUUCGUCAUGUUUCGCAGGACGUGUUAUAUUCUCUGGUUAUCCAGGAUGGACGUCAAGUCAUGGUGCAAUCAAUGAUACAAGAACGAAAUCAUUGUAUAUGUUGGAUGAAGGAAUUUCUUAUUAUGAAUACCAGAAAUACGAUAUUUCUUAUGCAUGGAAAAGUGAAGGACAGCCGCCAUUCGCUGAUACGGUUGAUUUUGCGGAGUUAGUUUUAGAAAGAGGACUUCACAGACUUUAUAAAAUUGUUGAUCCAAAAGAUCGAAUGCCUAUGAUGUCUAAAAAGAAAGAAAUCGAAAAUGACAAAAAGAAGCAGAAGAAAAAGAAGAAAGCAAAGAGGACUUUUAAUUUUUAG